AUGUGUCCUUUAUACAAAACUGCUGGUAUGAUGAGAUGUAUUGUUACUUAUUACGACCUUGCAAGAAAAGCUAUUAUUGAAUCUUCUGGAGAAACUAAACUUAAUUGGAAUUACAUCUAACUUGAAACUAAAUCUUUAUUUACUUAACUCACUUAAAUGAAAUUUUUGAGCCCUAAAUUAAGCAGAUAAGAAAUUGCUUAAUAUGUCAAUAAAUUUGUUGAAGAUUCAAAUAUUGCUUUUAGAAAAAUGACUGAUAAUUGA